AUGAGCUAUCAUUAUUUGAAAUCUGCUAGAAAGGUUAUGUGUAUAGGGCGCAAUUACGCUGCUCAUAUCAAGGAACUGAACAAUGCGACUCCAAAGCAGCCCUUCUUCUUCCUGAAGCCAACAUCAAGCAUAAUUACGCCAAUUGACAGAGAUAACGCUCGCAAAAGCUUGCCAGGAAACUCCAGUUAUCAUGGAUUGAGCGAAGACGGAACCAAUCCGUCUCCUAUUUACAUUCCCAAAGGCGUAGUGGUCCAUCAUGAGGUCGAAUUGGCAUUGGUGAUCAACAAAUACAUCUCGAACGCAGAGGCCAGUGAGUUUGGGCCUAAACAAGUCUAUGACGCGAUUAGUGGCGUGUUUCUGGCUUUAGACCUUACUGCCAGGAACGUCCAGGACGAAGCUAAGAAGAAGGGUCUUCCAUGGACUAUUGCCAAAGGUUUCGACACCUUCCUACCCUGUUCCCGCCUAGUUCCUCGAGAACAGUUAGUGAAGGACAGGGAGAACCUGCAAGACGCUUUCAGGCUAUCCUGUUCUGUUAAUGGGACUGUCAGGCAAGAUGGCACGACAGGCUUAAUGCUACAUCCACUACACAAGAUCAUCCAACAUAUUUCAACCAUGAUCACUCUCGAGCCAGGUGACAUCGUUCUGACUGGUACCCCAGCAGGCGUUGGAAAGUUGCAUCCCGGUGAUGUUAUCGAGUCUAGUCUGUACUACCACGAUGAUAAACUUAUCGACAUGACCUUUGACUGCGAAGAACGUCCGGGCCCCUACUUCUUCAGAGAAACUUAA